GUUUUGGCGUCGCGACGUUUGAAGACUGCACAGUGCACUCAGAGCGAAGUGAGAAUUUACAUUGUGAAUAUCUCAGGUUUGUAUCAUCUGUUUUUUUUUUCAAUUUUAGGCAGUAUAUGCAAGUUUUUGUCUCUUAUGUUUUCGAACCUGGUGCGAAAAAAAGGGCACGAAUCCAACUUUUGAUGCCCAAGCUUUUGAGUUGGUCAGCUGUUUCGGUUCACAAGCUUACUUUAAGGUCGUUUUGUUCCAGAAUGUAAGCUUAUUAAUUUUUCUGUUUUAAAAAACAGCAUCGCCUUCUUCGAGAGGUAUCCAAAAAACUAUAUAUAAAGACUUGAACCCACUUUAGGAAUGAGAAAGCUUUCAUCGGUCAUUCCUCAUGUCUGGCUCAUUUGCUGACUGUGUUGUGGUUUUUAAAGCAUGACCGCGUUGUCUUUGUUUUCAUUUUUCAGGAUGAGUAGUUCGGAAGAACUCUCGCAGUACGAUGAUAAACCAGUCAAGUCCUCCAAACCUUCCAGUGAUUCAGAGCGAGAGGGCAAUCGCCCCGUAAUUCCAAGAGAUAUGUUUGGAUUAUAUGGCGUACAUGUGAGCAAUCUGCCAUCUGGAAUCUCCCAGGUAGAGUUAGAGAAAGCCUUCUCUACUGUCGGCGUUGUUCAAGUGUGCAAAAUCAUGGAAAGCAAAUGUAUUCCACUGUAUGCUUUCGUCAAGUAUUCAUCCACUGUUGAAGCCCAAGAUGCUCUGUUGAAGUUUGAUGGUUACAAACUGAAUGACACUUUCUUAGCUGUGAGACCAGCCUAUGUUUCCCACAGAUGGAAGACUAAAAAAUCCACACCAGGUGGUAAAGCUGACAGGCGUGAAACUUCCUCAGAUGAUGGCAGGGGCAGUGAGAAUUCAAAAGUGACUACAUAUUCAAUGGAAUCAAGCGAUUGUCGCCUUAAGGAUGGAAAACUAAGCGAAAGUGAUGUUAGAAUGUUUAAUGGAAAAUCCUCCAAAUCAUUCUCGCCCAGGAAACCAAAUGGUGGUCAAGUUCUGGGUCCACGGUUUCAAAGAAGUUCUCUGUCGAGAUCAUCAGCAUCUGAAAAUUCACUUGAUUCUCAUCGGAUUCAAGGCGCUCCUCCUUCACAGAUGUCUACAUCACCCUCUGGGCAAACCAAGCCAGUUCAACAGGAUUUACCUGUUUCAAGUUCCAGUAUGUCUUCUGGUCAGGUAAAUGGCCACGCUGUCGCGGGAAGUAUGCACUCUUCAGCAUUUAGGCCGUAUCAGGGAAAAAUCCAAGAACCUUGCGGCAGACAAAAUGGUUAUGCUAUGGAAAAUGGUAUUGCAACAGUGACAUCAUCUAUGCAUAAUCUUGGAAUAUCAGCAGAGAACAAUUGGAAUCAUAACCAAGUUAACAGUGUCUUGGACUGGCAGCAAGGAAGGGCUCAAGGUGUUACCUCUUACAGUCAAGGGGGUGGAACCAAUUACCAGGAUAAAUCAAUGUGUAGUCCAGACGGAAAUCAGUACAUGCCAGCAGGGAAGUGGAUUGCUCAAAGUCCUUGUAAGACAAACGUGUCAUCAUGGAGCACAGCUGAUGUGGUACGGUACUUUUCUUCAAGUGACUGUGCUGUAUAUGCAGGUUUCUUUCAAGAGCAGGAAAUUGAUGGAAAAGCAUUGAUGUUGUUAAACAGAGACACACUGUUGCAGUUCAUGAAAGUUGGUCCAGCUCUUAAGGUGCUUCAGAAAAUAGAGGAACUGAAAUGA